GAAACGUCGCGUUGUGUACACACGCCGCUGGACUAUCGUGUCGGCGAUUUUUUUUAUUAUUGGUGUUUUCAUACGUUGCUCGGCUCCGUACUAAUAUAAACACCACGACUUGUUUUCCGGUCGAAAACUCAUUUUCCGGCUGCAGUUAAAAACGAAAUUAGAACCAACGUCAAACAAGUGAGGAAAUCGUUCAUUGUUAUUUAAAUUAUCGUUUGCAAGUUUAAUCCGGUGUCGCCCUUCGGAAGCAAUUGUUAGUUGGGUUCGGUUUCACUGUUUUCCCGCAUAAAUUCAAAUGAGUGAGAGAAUCGGGGCAGUUUAUUUUUAGCAAAGUGGGCAGUGUUUGUGAUCUGGAAAUUAUUGAAUCGCGCAACGAAGCGGCCGAAUUUGAGGUUGUUGCAUUCACCGUCUCGACAAAAUAACAGUUGAUUAUUAAGAAAAUUUUGCUAGUGACAACGUGGUAUGAAGUGAGCCGCUUAUCAGACAUUUGGUUUUCCUGCACCCGUUAUCGGCUGUGUUCUGAUAACGAAAUUAAAUACAUAUUUGUACAGCCUGUUUAUCGUCAUUUCUUCGGCUAAUUCGUGUUUUUUGCUUGUAUGGUGUGCAUUUUUACCGGUGACAGCUACUAAGAUUUGAUUGGAAUUUUUGAUAUAUAGAUAAAACAUCUUCCCCCUCCCCCGCGUUCGCAGCGAUGGAAUCACCAGUGCCAGCAAGGAGUAUGCCACCACCCCCUCCACCGAAGCCUCACAAAUCACCCACGUUGAAUGGGGCUGGCAGUGGACACAUAUAUCACAACAACAACGAACCCAUCGGGAACGGGGCUAAAAGCAUUCACACAGGACAGUUUGCCGCCAGUAGUCCAUCGGUACCGCCCGAGGACGAACAAGUAGUGAUGACACCGCGAGGAAAGACAGCCAACUCCACAGUACUGCUCAUUGAACGUAAGUUAGUGCAGCAGGUCGGCGAACGAACACACGUAGCCGGUGGUGACCAUCGGGGGAUCAUUAUCAACAAAGAUGCCACCGUAGAUCAAAAAUUGGAGCGUAGCCCGCCACAACUCAGCCUUGAGUUCCGCGUAUUCCUAGUCAGCGCAAAUACUGGUGAACACUCGCAAGAGUCACGAAAGAUCCGUUUCUGGUUCCGAGAUUGGCUUCAAGAUGGCGAAAUACAGGCUCACGUAGCGCAGGAUUUCUUUCGUGAACUAGUUAGCCCAAAAGAGUUUCCUCGAGAUUACGUUGGAUUCAUCAAGAAAAUCAUGAAACAACUUCAAAAAGGAUAUAAUGAAAUACAGGCCGUCGAAGUAGAGCUUCGAAUAUUGGAACAAACAUCCGCUCCACCUUCCCGUCCACCACGUCCCGGUCACGUCAUAUUUUGCUACGGAAAUUGCAACAAACGGCUUUAUUCGAGCGACAUAAGUUGUAGCAAAACUGUUUCUUGUAUUAAUGACAAUGGUGAUGGUGGCGGUGGUGGUCGUUCUGACGAUAAUACAAAACACUCCUCAAGUAUACACCCUUCUCCUAUUCAACGGCCUACUGUAGCAGAGCAGAGUGACAUUACUGUGUCGUUUGAGGAUUCUCAGUUCGAGGUAAUUCCCCUUACGCCGGAGAAAAUUCUGGAGAUGAUAGAACAGGCUUAUCCUAACCCUAUAACUCCCGAGGAUUUAGCAAAAGAUAAUGGCUGGGAGGAAGAAGAGGUUUUACAAAUUAUGAUGCUGCUGAAAGAACGAGGCCUUAUAAAAUCAAUGGAGUACAACUCGUUUACCCGUAUCCAUCACGAUGAUAAGGAGAUCAAAAUCGUCAAACAAAUGCCAACGAUAGCGUCAAAUAAACAACCAACUAUUGCUAUAAUAACAGCGCAAUAUUGCGAGAAACUAGCAGUGGACGCCAUGCUGGAAAAUAAAGAGACAUUUGUUCGGUACACAACAGUGGGUGAAUCCAAUGUUUAUACCUUGGGCAACAUCGGAGCACAUCGUAUCGUCAGUACUAAACUGCCAUCGAUAGGAAGCACCCGCGAGGCAAUGACUGCGGCUGGUAACACUACCACACGUUUGCUGGGAACGUUCCAGAAAGUGGAUUAUGUGUUCAUAGUUGGGCUAGCAGGUGGUAUACCUCACUAUACCGACUACAAGAAGCACGUACGUUUGGGAGAUGUUGUCAUAGCUUCGCUAUCCGAGCAAAACAAGAGUUCAUUGGAUGCCAUUGAUCAAAAAUUUUCUUCGAAGCCAUAUUGCUACGUUUACAAUGAUCAAGGAGAGGUUAAAACGUACUAUCCUUCAGACGAUGGUCUGCAAUCGAUCGGCAAAUCGCUCCAACUUAAUGAUGAUGGCAAGAAACCAUGGGAAGUUUACAUUAAAGAAGGCUUGAUCAAUCUCAAAAACAAAAGCGACAACGAUUUCAACAGGCCAGCCCCAAAUACGGACAAGCUGUAUAUGAAUAUUGGUAAUAAGGAUGUGAUUGAAGUGGCACAUCCAGUGUCGCAAGACGACGUUGAUGGAGUUCCACAGACUCGGCUACAUGUCGGGCCGAUUGGUUCGGGUUAUGAUCUCAUUAAAUCCGAUAGCUUGAGGACAAUGUACUCUCAGGAGUAUGGUUUAGUGGCGACCGAUGUUGAAAUGAAUUCCGUUCUGGACAGUAUCGUUGGAAAUUGUAGAGAUAGUUUUAUCUUGAUCAAAGGUAUUUCUGAUUACAAAGACGGAACCACAUCAAAGAAAUGGCAAAACUAUGCAUCUCUCGCCGCAGCCGCCGUCAUGAAAACGAUUAUCUGUGCGAUGGAUGCACCAACUAACGUUUAAAUUGCAUUUUCCUACAAACGGCACCUACACUUCUUCUGAAAUAAAAAGCUAAAACUGCAACCGAUCUAGUUUGUGACAUAAAUGUACCAAAUAAUUAUUUUAUUUUUAUACCGUAAGUGUUUUGUAUGUUUUUAUCGUAACUUAUUGUCCUUCGUCGACAUUCUAGUGAUCCCCAGAAGAAGACUACAUGCUAAAUAAAGAGUAUAUUUGA